AUGGAUCGGAGGGAAGGAGUGAAUGAUGGUUUUCCUAAACUUGGACCAAAUGAUUCGCUUCUCCCUGGUCUGAUCGAUGAUGUCGCGCUCAAUUGUCUCGCUUGGGUUAGUAGAUCCGAUUACGCGUCCCUCUCGUGUAUUAAUAAAAGGUAUAGUAAGCUGAUCAAUAGUGGUUAUUUAUAUGGAUUGAGGAAAGAAUUGGGAGUUGUGGAACAUUUGGUUUAUUUGGUAUGUGAUCCAAGAGGAUGGGUUGCAUUUGACCCUAAGAUAAGUAGAUGGAUGGCGUUGCCUAAGAUACCGUGCGACGAGUGUUUUAACCACGCAGACAAAGAGUCAUUGGCUGUGGGAUGUGAACUGUUGGUUUUCGGUAGGGAAUUGAUGGAGUUUGCCAUUUGGAAGUAUAGUUUGGUUUGUCGCGGUUGGGUUAAGUGUCAAGAGAUGAAUCAACCUCGCUGUUUGUUUGGAUCUAGUAGCCUUGGUUCGAUUGCUAUUGUGGCCGGCGGAAGUGAUAAAUAUGGAAAUGUUCUAAAGUCUGCUGAGUUGUACGACUCUGCAUCAUGUACAUGGGAACUUUUACCGAACAUGCAUACACCGCGUAGAUUGUGCUCUAGUUUUUUUAUGGACGGCAAAUUCUACGUGAUCGGUGGAAUGUCGAGCACAACUGUUUCAUUAACUUGUGGGGAGGAAUAUAAUCUUUCAACAAAAUGUUGGCGGAGAAUAGAAGGUAUGUAUCCAUAUGUUAACGUGGGCGCUCAAGCGCCUCCACUUGUGGCGGUUGUGGAUAAUCAGUUGUAUGCAGUUGAGCAUCUAACUAACAUGGUGAAGAAAUAUGACAAGGAAAAGAACACUUGGGAAGUAUUGGGAAGGCUUCCCGUCCGCGCCGAUUCUUCAAACGGUUGGGGCCUUGCUUUCAAGGCUUGUGGAGAUAAACUUUUGGUUGUGGGUGGACAAAGAGGUCCAGAAGGUGAAGCUAUAGUACUGAAUUCAUGGUGUCCUAAGACCAGCGUUACGAACGGUACCAUAGAUUGGCAGGUACUCGGUAUGAAGGAGCAUGUUGGCGUGUUCGUGUAUAAUUGUGCUGUUAUGGGCUGUUGA